AUAGUUCGUGUGAACAAUUCUAAGGAUUCGUUCGCUGUCAAACGAUAACAGCGAUUAAAAUUGGAGUUUGGGGAGCUUGAAUUGUAGUGCAUAACUUUUUUUUACCCAACAUUGGCACCAUGAAACUUCUCAGCACCUCCGCCGCGCUGCUAUGCGUUACAUUAUUUGCCAUGACGUCUGAAGCGAAGAAACGUGAGGCUCCUGUAAGCAACAGCUAUUUGCCACCUUCCACAAACAAUCGCGGCUCGUCCUCUUACAGUUCACCAUCAAACUCCUAUUUGCCUCCUGCUUCGGGACCAGCUUCGAAUAGUUAUGCCCCCAGUGGUCCUGCAUCAAAGCCUUCAUCUUCAUAUGGAGCUCCACCCAGAAGUCCUUCGUCUAGCUAUGGUCCACCACCACCGCCAUCAGGACCAGCGUCUGGCUAUUCAAGUCGUCCUAGCUCAAGCUAUGGCCCCCCAAAGAAGAGUUCUUCGCGUCGUCCCUCAUCCAACUAUGGACCACCCAAGCAACCUUCUUCCAGUUAUGGACCUCCUGCAAGGGCACCCUCAUCUAGUUAUGGACCACCUAAGUCAUCGCCUCCCUCUUCGUCAUAUGGAGCUCCCGCUAAAACUCCCUCAUCCAGUUAUGGUGCUCCUGCAAGGGCUCCUUCCUCUAGCUAUGGUCCACCUAAAUCAUCACCACCAUCGAGCAGCUAUGGUGCACCGGCUAAAACACCAUCUUCUAGUUAUGGAGCUCCUGCUAAGGCUCCUUCCUCCAGCUAUGGUGCGCCUUCAGCUCCUUCCUCUAGUUAUGGUGCCCCAGCUAAGGCUCCUUCCUCCAGUUAUGGUGCUCCUUCGGGUCCAGCAGCUCCCUCCUCUAGUUAUGGUGCACCAGCCAAGGCCCCAUCCUCCAGUUAUGGUGCUCCUUCGGGCCCAGCAGCUCCCUCCUCUAGUUAUGGCGCACCAGCUAAGGCUCCAUCUUCCAGUUAUGGUGCCCCUGCAGCUCCUUCUUCUAGUUAUGGUGCCCCAGCUAAGGCACCAUCUUCCAGCUAUGGUGCACCAUCAGCUCCCUCCUCCAGUUAUGGUGCCCCAGCAAAGGCUCCCUCUACUAGUUACGGUGCUCCUUCUGCUCCCUCUUCUAGCUACGGUGCUCCUGCUCAAACUCCUUCAUCCAGUUAUGGAGCCCCAGCCCAAGCUCCAUCGUCCAGCUAUGGUGCCCCAGCUCAAGCUCCAUCGUCCAGCUAUGGUGCUCCCGCAAAAACACCUUCCUCCAGCUAUGGUGCUCCAGCUCAAACUCCCUCAUCAAGUUAUGGUGCUCCUGCACAAGCUCCCUCAUCCAGUUAUGGUGCUCCUGCACAAGCUCCUUCAUCCAGUUAUGGUGCUCCUGCUAAGGCUCCCUCUUCUAGUUAUGGUGCCCCAGCUAAAGCUCCUUCAUCUAGCUAUGGUGCUCCUGCUCAAGCUCCCUCCUCAAGUUAUGGUGCUCCUGCUCAAGCUCCCUCCUCAAGUUAUGGAGCUCCUGCUCAGGCUCCCUCUUCCAGUUAUGGUGCUCCAGCUAAAGCCCCCUCUUCCAGUUAUGGUGCCCCUGCUCAAGCCCCCUCUUCUAGUUAUGGUGCUCCAGCUAAAGCCCCGUCUUCAAGUUAUGGUGCUCCUGCCCAAACUCCCUCAUCCAGUUAUGGAGCUCCAGCUCAGACGCCUUCUUCUAGUUAUGGUGCACCAGCCCAGGCUCCCUCAUCCAGUUACGGUGCUCCAGCUCAGGCUCCUUCCUCCAGUUACGGUGCACCAGCUCAGGCUCCUUCCUCCAGCUAUGGAGCUCCAGCUCAGGCUCCCUCCUCCAGUUACGGUGCUCCAGCUCAAGCUCCCUCAUCCAGCUACGGUGCUCCAGCUCAAGCUCCUUCAUCCAGCUACGGUGCUCCAGCUCAAACACCUUCCUCCAGUUACGGUGCUCCAGCUCAAGCUCCCUCAUCCAGCUACGGUGCUCCAGCUCAAGCUCCUUCAUCCAGCUACGGUGCUCCAGCUCAAACACCUUCCUCCAGUUAUGGUGCCCCAGCUCAAGGACCUUCCUCAAGUUAUGAUGCUCCAGCUCAAACUCCCUCCUCCAGUUAUGGUGCUCCUGCCCAGGCUCCCUCCUCAAGCUAUGGUGCCCCAGCUCAAACUCCCUCCUCCGGUUAUGGUGCUCCUGCCCAAGCGCCCUCCUCAAGCUAUGGUGCCCCAGCUCAAACUCCCUCAUCCAGCUAUGGUGCUCCAGCCCAGACACCUUCCGGCAGUUAUGGUGCUCCCGCCCAGGCCCCUUCAUCUAGCUAUGGCGCCCCAUCUCAAGGUUCAUCCUCAUCAUUCCAACCCAUACAACCGCCUUCAACUAGCUAUGGCACCCCAGCAAAGACACCAUCGUCUAGCUAUGGCGCCCCCACUGGGCCAUCAUCUGGCUAUCCUUCGGGGCCCUCUUCCAGCUACAAUGCUCCUUCGGCGCCCAGCUCUUCCUAUGGUGCUCCCUCACAACAAGGCGGUACUGGCUCAGGCUAUAGCUAUUCUGCUCCUGCUUCUUCCAGCUAUGAUGCUCCUGCACAAACUCCCUCUUCAGGUUAUGGUGCACCCUCGGGACCAUCUUCUUCGUACAAUGCCCCAAGUGCGCCAUCUUCCUCAUAUGGUGCUCCCCCCACAGGCAAUGACAAUGGCGGAGGUGGCUCCAAUGAUGGGGGCUAUUCCUAUCCUGCACCCUCUAGCAAAGUACCCGAUACCAUUCCCCAGAGUUAUUCCUCGGAUGGCGGUUACUCUUAUUAGAUUUUAGAUCAAACGAAAUCGGGGCAGUACUUGAUUUCACACAAAACGUGCCUUAAUUUUAUGUUUUUGUUUAGGCGAGAGCAUUCGUUUCCUUCCUUCCACCAUUAGGCCAAAUUGAAUCACAAAAUUCAAGCAAUUUGAAGCAGCGUCAGCUUCAGAUUGCAGGCUAAACAUCUCUCUUCCACCCAACGAACUACAAGGUUUAUUUCAUUGAACUAAAUUAUUUUCUUAUACGAAUAUUUUUAUAUUUGGAAUUUUAAAUUAAGUUUUUUAGUAUUCUUUUUUUAUGUUAUAUAUGUAUGUUAUAAUAAAAUUACAAAAGUAUUUUUACAAGGAAAA